AUGCGUAGGCGGUACGUGAGCCUUGUAUGCACACCAGGCUUCGCAGAGGCUCAUCUCCUUAUUUUUGAAAAUGAGGCUAAGUGGGCCACCUCCAACCCCCCCACCGCCUCCUCGCCUCCUCGUACUUCGCCCCCCCCACCACCACCCUCAGACUUGACCAACCUCUGUGAGACACUGUCAGUCUCUGACUCGGGCUCCUCCUCUCUCCUCACCAUCGAGCAGCUACUGCAAGCCGAUGACGGAUCUCGCAAAGGCGCCAAAUACGUCGUCAGGCUCGAUGGACUUUUUUUUGUGGGACCCAGUCAUGUCAGUGUUAACAAUCGUGUGUCAUUUGUGGCGGCAAUCAAAUCAGCUUUCGGGAAACUCGCCUCCUCUACAUCGACGCCCUCCAAGGGCCACAGCAAAACUGGCAGGAAACCCUCUCAGGGUGCUGCCGAUCGCGCCGGAAGUGCUGAAUCCUACAUCUCGACCACGUCGACACCAGGGCCGACACCAACGGCCACUGAUGGCCACACGUCAUUGAGUACCCACGCCGAGCGACCAGCUUCCAUCUGCGGUUUGCCUUCUCUGAAUGAUGACAAGGCCGGUGCAAAUCGUCCACCCACUUCCCUAGGUCUCUUUUUCCAGGAUGGCAGCUCUACCUUCCUGUCCCUCAGCAGCGCCAACCUUGUGGAUGCUUGGUACCAGGCUCUGUCCGCCGUCGUUGCCACCAAUCGAUCUCGAUCAAGCUACCCCCACAUUGUGGCCCGCUUCAGUCGAUUCAGAGGCACCUUUGGCUUUGGCGCUCGUGGUGUGCCCUUUGACUCAAGGCUUCUCAACUGGCCAGGUCGCGCGUGGCACCCAGCGUGUAUAAACUCGCGCGCAAUGCACGCUGUCGACAAGUGA